GCGGAGACAUUACGUAAGGACGCUCUUGGGCCCAAACACGCACUGAAGAGGAUGGAGUUUUCUCCCAGACCAGACGGGAGGAUGGGAUUGGGUGGUUUUUAAGUGAUCAGUUUGUGAAUUGAUCUCAGUGGAACAAGUUGUCGGAAAUACGCUUGCUCUAAUAACCAGUUGCCUGCAGUUGUCACAUUAAGCGUAUCCUGUUUGAGACAAGACGUCGACCUUCUUUUUACUGAUCGGCAUUAUCCUCCCUUCAACCACCACCGAGUGUGGUUUAAUGUUUCGUUUCUGAUCUUCAUUUUGCCAGCACUUCAUCGCUAGCUGUAGCCUAUGCUAAUAAGGACUGAGACGGAAGCAGCCAGUAUGGCAGCGGUAUCUCCACUCCCACAGACGGCGGCUCUGAAUCUCUCCGUCAAGGCGAGCGAACUGCCGAGCAACCACUUACUGUUCCAGCGUCAUACCGGCAAGCCGGUCCAGCGCGUUCACCCCAACGACCAUCGCCUAGGAACGUCGCAGGCGAUUCCCUCCGCCGUGGCCCAGACCCUUGUCCAGCAGGUCGCGGUGCAAGACCCCAUGGAUGUGGCCAGCGGGAUCGGGAUGCCGGGACUGAUCGUCUCCCGCAAGCAGCGCGAAUUCACACCGGAGGAGCUCAAGGACAUGCGGUACUGGGACCGCCGGCGGAAGAACAACGACGCGGCCCGGCGUUCCAGACAGAAGCGCCGGCUGACUGACGUGGUGUUGGAGUCGCAGGUGAUGAGACUGGCGCAGGAGAAUGACAACCUGAAGGCUGAGCUCCUUGCCAUGAAGGAAAGAAUUGGUCAGAUAGACUCAGGGAGCCAGGCUAAAAGUGCCACCAUCCAGCAAUCAGCUACUCAAUCCCUCACAAAGAUUGCUCAGGUGAAGAUGCCCCUGGAGACAACAACUUUUCCCUAUGAUCAAAAGCCUGUAGCCUUUAAGACAUCAGCUUCCCAAAUCGGACCUUAUCCCGUUGCUUCGAUGACGGUUUCCUAUCCAGUCACUUCACUACACUCCGUAGAUGUCCAGCCGACUGCUUCCUACCCGCAACGACUGCCUCUGCUACCCAAGAGUGCCUGGACUCCCGCGCAGCCGCAGAUUUCCAAUCCAGAACUAUGGAACCUUGACUCGGUUCACAACCAUCUCAAGAACACGCUGCAUGCUUUGACUGCGGAAAAGGACAAACUGAAACACGCGAAUCCCGUCCUGUUCAAAGACCAUGCUGAGGCACACCCGCUUCCAGAUGGAAGCUGUAGCCUUGGGCAGAGGGUAGAGCAACCUUCCAGUAAGCUGCUGACUGAUGUUCUUCCACCUUCGUCUCCACCAACCCCCAGAGACCCUUCCAAGACCAAAGAGAAGCCAUCCUCCCCUCCCUCUCCGCACAGUGCCUUCGCCCCUGGCGUCGAACUCUCAAAACUGCCCCACAAACUCCGCGGGAAGAUGAAGCGCACUCUGCCGCAGACCGACCAAGCUGCUGAGUGCCCGGAUCUUGACACCGAUGGCCUGUGGAAGCGCAAGAUGCAAAGGUUGUCCCCCAGUCCUCCGGCAGAAACAGUGAUCAUCGCUGCCAAGGCAAAUGAAGAUGAUUUUCGGUCUGCCCGUCUCGUUCAGGACGGCUACACCCCACCCCCGUCCAGUAGCUCAUCCAGUGAGGGCAAUAUCUCCCCUUGCACCCCCAGCAGCCUCUUCGACUUCUCGGUGAAAGGAAGCGACUACCUGCCAAAAGUGUCGAACGAUCUUGCCCUGAGCGAAGCCCACGAGAGGAUGGUUCAAGCCGCGCACGCCUUGGCGGCGCUCAACAAAGGCGCGUCAGAGGGGUCUUCAUCCAAUGACACCUCAGCCGGCGGACGACCCCAUCAAAUAUUCAAUGAGGAAAGGGAGAGGUACUGGGACAAGCGAAGGCGAAACAACCAGGCUGCCAAGAAGUGUCGAGACGCCAAGAGGCUCUUGAUCGACUACCGGGCGGCUCGCUCGACCUACCUGGAGCAGGAGAACGACCAGCUCCGCCGGGAGACGUCGAUGCUGCAACACGAGGUGGCUCAGCUCAAGGCAAUGGUCAAGAAGAGAGCAGAGACACAGGCAGUCGAGAGGAUGUCAUCCAAAUAAUCUGCUUAUGAACUAAACAAACAUAUCUCUUGGACUUUUUAAUCAUCACUUUGCUGUGCUGCACUUACUCUUAAUCUAUUUAACCAUAUUCUGUCGGCAGCUGUACCUUUCAAAUUCAAACACCAAACAGGCAGACAAAUUUGCAGUUGAAUGAGUAUCAGUUCUCAAGAGGUUUUUUCGUAUAUUUGAAAUUUGACAGAUGCCGUACUCUUGAAGUUAUUUCAAGUGUUUGUAAGGAAUGUGACUCUGCGACGCGAGAUUGGAAAAGUCCCAAAUCAAGACGUGCUGAAAAAAAUGUACAAAAAAGAGACAUGCGUCCGUUGUCCGUAUUGAGAACACCGUAAAAUCCAGCACUUCAGAUUGGGUUGGCUGUAGUUGGGUGGGAUGGGUCGGGAUAGGGAGGAAUGGGGGUGAGGUGAAGUGGUGGCGUUUUUCAAAAUGUAUUGUACACUCUAAAUUGUUUUGGUGCACAUUUCUCACCUUAAAAAAAGGGAAGUCUGUGACUUCCAAACCGUCUGUUGUCCUUGUUACAAUUGCGUAAUAUGAGAAAAAGACCACAGUUUAUCCUUUAAAAAAAGUCAUGGUGCUGUAUAUACAAAACAUUCUGUGUAAGGCUUUAUUUGUUUUGGUUUAUGAUUCCUGCCACUGCUAGUAGGAAUGAACAUUGAUGGUCGAUGUGCUGCAAAGAUUUUGAAUCAAACGAAACCUCGCUUCAUUAUGAUAUAUAUUGUAUAUUAUUUGUGAUAUUCUUCAUCAAAAUGUGAUGUUUAUGCUUUGAGCCAAGCUGUGCCAAGAACUGCUGCGCGCCUAAAUUGCUUUGGCCAAUAUCAAUUGUUAUCAUCUGUGGUAUGUGUCGUCAAUGCCGACGCAGAAAUAGGUGCUUCAAGGGAACAAUGAGAACAACACUAACAAUGUGUGGGAUGGUUUACUAACGAUGAAUCAUUGGCUUUGAACCACAGAAUAUCACAUUGGCAAUCGGCCAAGUUUGUGGUUCUGGCCAGGCAAAAUGUUCUCCAGUGAACUCAUGUUUUCAACAACACAUUGCGCAAUUUUAGCUGAGGGAUUUUUUUUUGGUACUUCGUACGUGGCGUACGUAAUCGCCCUAGCUGCCGAGUUUGAUUGAGAGGAUGUAUAUGUACUGUCAAUAUUUAAGGCUACUCUAAAACUAAAGUUCUUGCACAUAGUAUCCUUUACUUGUAAGUACAACCUCGAUUUCAUUCCAUCAUAUCGAGGGUGUUAAAUAACUAUUAUAAUCAAACACGUGGUGCUGUUUUGUUAUCUGUAAAUUCUUUUGUAAGUGACUUCAUUGAGUUAACCUAUUCAGUAAUUAUUUUGAGGUAACAUUUCGAGGGAUAUCGUUUCUGUUGGUGAUUUGAUCCGUUCCACUAUUUUCAGUGAUUUUUGUUUACUGUGUUAACAGUAGGGAUGAAUUCGACAAAGUUUAUUCUCGCAAAGUGCUUUUACAAAAUUAAUAAAAGUUUUAUAAUGUUUGACAUUUUAUUAUCACACUAAA